AUGUACCAGGUUGUACCCGGGGGAGCCGGUGGCACAAUAACAGAUGUUAUCCCCAAGCAGAAGCACAGCAAGGACACCAGACCGUUAGUAGGAGCAGGAGUACUUGGCCUGGUACUGGUGAUUGCAGCAGUAUCUGCAUGGUCUUAUUACAUAGCCUCGCUCCGAAAAGCUGAGCUGCUGAAAACUCAGCUGCUGGAUCUAAAUAAAGAUGGCUAUAUCAUUCGCAACCAGGGAGGAGCCAUUGUUUUCAGAAUGGAUUUUAGGUCAGGGACAUUGGAUUUGGACUCUUGCACCAAAGAAGGAGAGCUUCUCAGCUGUUCACGCACUACUGAUAGAAGCCUUAACUUUUUCAUUGAGACAGUACGUCCCAAAGACACAGUGCAGUGCUACCGUGUGCGUUGGGAGGAGCUGGUUCCCGACAUUUCUGUCGCACACGCAAUGACUUACAAGUUUGCCCACUGGUACGGUGGUGCGGUGUCAGCGAUUCAGCAUUGGCCUAUUUCCAUCUCUGGACAACAGUCUCCCAAACCCUUCGUAACAAGUGACAUCUACUCCAAUCGGAACGAGUUUGGAGGAAUCUUGGAGAGCUAUUGGCUUUCUUCUAAUGCCACGGCAAUCAAAAUUAAUAAUUCUGUACCCUUCCACUUGGGUUGGAAUGACACGGAAAAGACCAUGUACUUCCAAGCAAGGUACAACGACAGUCCCUUCAAGCCAAACCCAGGAGAGGCUCCAUGUGCUGAACUUAGCUACAGAGUAUGUGUUGGCUCGGAUGUGACAUCUAUCCACAAGUAUAUGGUCCGUCGAUACUUUAACAAACCAAACAAAGUUCCUGCCAAAGCCAUGUUUCAGCACCCAAUCUGGUCCACCUGGGCACAUCAUAAGACAGACAUUGAUCAAGAAAAACUUCUGACAUAUGCUGCUAACAUUCGGAAGUAUAACUUUAACUGCAGCCACCUGGAGCUAGAUGACCGUUACACACCCCGCUAUGGAGAAUUUGAAUUUGACCCAAUGAAAUUCCCCAACGCCUCAGCCAUGUUUCAAAAGCUCAAGUCAGAUGGAUUUCUCGUGUCCCUCUGGAUUCACCCUUUUGUGAACUACAACUCGGAGAACUUCCAUACUUGUGUUGAGAGGGGCCUGUUUGUCCGGGAGCCUACAGGACAGCUGCCAGCUUUAGUCCGCUGGUGGAAUGGCAUUGGUGGAAUUGUGGACUUCACAAACCCAGACGCUCGUGAUUGGUAUGCUUCCCAGCUCCGUUCCCUUCGCUCCAGAUAUGGCGUGUCUUCUUUCAAGUUUGAUGCCGGCGAGACCAACUACUUACCUUGGAAAUUUAGCACCAGAACACCCAUUCGAGAUCCAAGUUUUUUCACAAGACGCUACACAGAGAUGGCCAUUCCCUACAAUGACAGAGCAGAGCUACGUAGCGGUUAUCAAUCUCAGAACAUAUCAUGCUUCUUCAGGCCUAUCGAUAGGGACUCUGUGUGGGGCUAUGAGUUGGGACUCAAAUCCCUUAUCCCCACUGUGCUUACCAUCAGCAUUCUGGGUUAUCAGUUCAUUCUACCUGACAUGAUUGGAGGAAAUGCCUAUCUGAACCGCACUGAUGGAAAUCAGGCAUUACCAGACCGAGAACUCUACAUCCGCUGGCUCGAGCUGUCUGCGUUCAUGCCCUCCAUGCAGUUUUCUAUCCCGCCAUGGACCUAUGACAACGAAGUUGUGGAGAUUGCUCGCAAAUACACGGCUCUACAUCAGAGUAUCGUGGCGCCACGUGUCUUGGAGCUUGCUGGUGAGGUGCUGGACACCGGAGACCCAAUUAUACGACCCUUAUGGUGGAUUGCCACAGGUGACGAGACUGCCUAUAAAAUAGACUCUCAGUUCCUGAUAGGAGACGAUCUCAUGGUAGCUCCUGUUUUAGAGCCCGGAAAGCAAGAGCGGGAUAUUUACCUCCCAGCUGGUCGCUGGAAAAGCUAUAAAGGGGAGAGGUUUGAUAUCAAAGAGCCACUGCACCUCACAGAUUAUCCUGUAGAUCUGGAUGAAAUUGCUUACUUUGUUUGGGUGUAA